AUGAGCAGUCUUUUCCGACUUAAAUCACGCACUUGCAAACCAGCAGCUCGGAAAAAGUUACACAUUUUUUGCGACGAACAGAGCUACGCUGAAAAUUUGAUUCGUCUGUACAUAUACAAUCAGCUGGACGGAAAAAACACAAAUGAAAAAAAUGCAUAUAGAGAAAAUAUAAAUAAAUAUGUGGGAAAAGUAACAGCACAUUUAAAAAUUAACAGAGGGAAUGGUAACAUCAUAUUUUCUGUUCCCACCUUUUUGGACAUUUUCUUCUUUAAUUACUUCAAAUUUAAUCACAAAUCGAAAUUAGUGUUUCUGUACAGCGUGUUCAACAUUAAGACGCAAGAUAAGGCGCAAUUCUGUCUGAAGCAGGAGCAAAAUGAAAAAAAAAAAAAUUUUAACACACUUGAAAUACGUCUAAAGUACGUAAACAAAUUUUAUCAGUCAAAUGAUAGGGAAAAAAGAGACCUCACCAAUCAACAGCAAAAGGUUAAUUGUCCCCCCCAUGCCAUUAUCCCUCUAAGUAACAGAAGAACCUUCAUACAGGACAUACUAAACCAAACACAGAAUUUAAAAGAUUUGUCAAUUCUUAUUUGCAUUAUAAGAAAGGCAUCUUCAUUCCACACGUUCGAUUACUCCAAAAUAUUAGACGCCCUGUUGAGAAAGCUUUAUUCACAUAUUAGUAAUUUCUCCGUGGCAGUGAUACCCAACUGUACACGUAGUUUGAGGCACUGCGCGCCCCUAACCCUAAUCGAUAAGAGUAAAAUAGAACAAACCAAAACGGUAAAGAUACGGGACCUUCUUUAUUCCUUCUACCAAUUUGUCUACCUCCAGCGGGGCCAGAAAAUCCACUUUAUUUUUUUAAAAAUUCUGGCCAUCCUUGGCAAAAAUUACGCGCACCUUGGGAGGGGCGGCCAAAGCGCCUGGGGGGAAGCAGCGAAGGAAGAGAAUGCGAACGAAGGGACUACCCACCACCCUGCGACUAUCCACCCCCCCGUGACUACUCACUCCCCUGCUUGCAACCUCUUCCUCUCGAACAAAGACAUCGAGCAGCUGUUCUUCCUCCUCAGUAAGAAUGCCCCCCUGAACGGCCACUUUAUGCACCCCUUAGUUAUGCGCUUCUAUGUGAAGCUGUUCGCGCUGGGCCCCACAGUCACCUACUUUAGCAAAUUAAUUAAACAAAACAGUGAAGCAAGUUAUGCCUUCUGUCCGAUUUCUAUGUUCCCAAAGAGCUCUCCAUCCUAUCUCAAUUUUUUAAAAAAAACUGAUGUGAAAAAUUACUUCCACACUUUCUAUCAAACGCUAUGCAUCAAAUAUCUGUUAAAAAGAAGAAUAAAUUUUUGUGAAAAUAUGGGCACCUUUGACCAUUCUGCAUGCUCAGGUAUCACCCACUCACCUCGUCUGAGCCAUUUUGUACUUUACCGAAAUAUAGUUAACAAAAUAAUCGCUCGGUCUUUUUAUCUUUAUCAAGCGAAAGUCAAUCCAAAGGGGAAAUACAAUCACAAAUGGAUGCACACAACUACAAACAGGGCACGUCAAAAAUAUGAAAAAAAUUACAUCUAUGACUUUACCAAAUGUAAGUUUUUUUAUUUAACAUACAUCAGAGCAAUAAUUCGAGGAAGAAGAAGCGGAAAGCCACUCGGAAAAGGCGCACCACGUGGUCCUCGUGAAAAAGAAGCGGCACAGAAAUUAUCAACCCUAGCAGCAUCUUAG